CCACCUGACAACCAAAACGCCCUUCAAAAUCUAUUACCCAAAAACAGCAUCUAUUUUUGUUUUCUUUGUUUUUCCAAACACAAAAACAAAAGCAAAAACAAAAACAUGGCUCAGGUCUCUUCUUCUUACCUUCACCUUCAGCACGAAUUGGAUGACGAAACCCUAACCCUAGAUUCUCUUCCCUACUGGUCUCACCCCGACUUCGACAUCUACACUUCCGAUACCGAAUUAUCCGCGCCUUCCUAUUCUCGCCGUCAAUCCGCCGUUCGUUUUCACGAUGACGUCUCUGACUCCGAUUCGUUGAUUGCCAACACCUCAGAUCUCUUCGACCAUCGCGAGAAUCAGGUUCAUUUCGUCAUGGAUCUGUUUCAACAACGCGUCGAGCAGUCUCAGGUAAUUGGUGGUGGUGGUGAUGAUGAUAGUGGUAGUGGGUUAGUCUCGGAUCCUUUAAAUGGGUCGGGUUUUGGUGUAAUUGGAGAGAAUAGUGAUAUAGGUAUUGAACAUUUGGAUGUCGAUUUUGGUCUAGGGUUAGGGUUUGGGGUUUUGAAUAUUCGUGAGAGUAAUGAGGAUAAUUCCCGUAAUUUUAGCAAUAUCAAUCUUAAUGUUUUUGAUUGUAAUGAAGAUGAUUUCUUUGUUGAGAGGAGGGUUUCAGGUGAGGCGGGAUCCUCGGGUGUUCGGGUUAUUGGGUUUAGUUCAGAUUCGGAAUCUGAUGAUGGGAAUCAGCGUGAAGUUGCUUUAGGGGAUUUGGGUUUGCAUUCGGAGGAUGAGUAUGUGAGUGAAGAUCAUCUUGAUGAUGUUACAAGCAUUCGUCUUUGUUGGGAUUCACUUAAUGUGGAGGAUAAUAGAGAAACCAAUGAAGAUUUUGAAUGGGAGGAAGUUGAUGGUCGUGUUGAUGAGAGGGAGAUUUUUAAUACGUUUGUUGAUGAAAAUGAUGAUGAAAAUUCAAUUUCGCUUUCCAUUUCACCGAUAAUUGCCCCUGAAGAUGUUGUUAGUGUGGAAAGAGUAGGAGGAUUUGGGAAUUUGGAGUGGGAAGUUUUGUUAAAUGCUAAUAAUUUGGAGACAAAUCCUGAAAUGGAUAAUCAUAACGAACCUUAUUUUGGUGAUCAUGAUGACUUUUUUCAUACUGCAGAGUAUGAGAUGUUUUUUGGGCAGUUUGCUGAGAAUGAGAAUGCAUGGAUGGGUAGACCCCCAGCCUCAAAAUCAGCUAUUGCCAAUCUUCCACUGGUGGUUCUGACUCAAGAGGAUGUGGAGAGUAAUAAUGCAGUUUGUGCAGUAUGUAAGGACGAUAUUGGUGUUGGAGAGAAAGCAAAGCAGUUGCCCUGCACCCAUCGGUAUCAUGGAGAUUGCAUUAUACCGUGGCUUGGGAUUAGGAAUACAUGUCCUGUCUGUCGCUAUGAGUUACCCACAGAUGAUCCUGGGUAUGAGAGGAGGAGAACCCAGAGAGCUGCUCGUGGCCAGUGAUGGUGACUCAUGUUCACAUAUGAUUUUGAAGUUUCUUAAUGAGCACUAGGUUAUUUAAAGAUAUUGCUGUUGGGAAAAAAAUUAAUCUAUUUACAUGAAGAUUGUGAGAAAUUUUUGGUAUUUAAAGUUUUAGUGGGAGUAUAAGAAUGUUCAAUGACUGCAUUGUAAUCAUGAUUUUUGAAUUUAAAUAAUUUUGAAUGUAUAUAUUGGCUGUGUUUUUGGCUUUUUUUUUUUUUAAUUAAAUCUUAGGCACUAGAAUGUUUUUGGAACAAGUGUAAAAU